AUGCCGAUCAUCCGGCCCGCUGUGGGUGCGCUUCUUAGCUCCCCGGCCCUGGAUGUGAGGGGCCACGCCGCAGCGCAGCGCUCACCCUCACCGCUGCUGCUCCGGCAGGCGUCUGCCCGGACCUGGGCGCUUCUGCUCCUGCAGACGAAGCUGGCGGGCGAGGUGGCGAGGCACCGCCAAUGUGCCGAGGAGCUUCGCCACCUUGCGCGAGAGCAGGUGGCGCGCGAGGUGCGUAUUCAGAACCUCGAGCAGCAGCUGGCGCAGGCCGUAGCGGCAUGCCGCUAUGAUGCGCGCAGAGAGAGCCGUGAGAUUGCGCGGCGCGUCGCCCCUCUCCUCCUGGGCGACAAGGAACUGCGCCCGUUUCAGCUCGACGCGGCAUGCGCGCUCUUUGACGGGCGACAUACUUUCGUGCUCCGGAAGGCAGGCGAUGGGAAAAGCGUGUGCUAUCAGCUUCCCGCGCUCAUGCGGCCGCCCACGCCAAAGCCUGCGCCGCCCAAGCUUACCCUCGUCGUGAUGCCGCUGGUGGCUCUCGCGUGGGAGCAGGCGGACGAGCUCAAUUCGCGCAUACCCUACCUCGCCAGCGACGGUUUGCCCCGGAAGGUCGCGCACGUCCUCGACGGCGCGUCGCAGAGCCUCUUUGCCGGCGCGGAGGACGGCCCCGAGCCUUCCCGCGAGGAGCUGAUCCGCUCGCUGAGCGGCCAGGCGAGCCUUCCCCGUGGCUCGCCUGAGGAUCACCUCCUCGAGCGGCUGCAGGAGACGCUGCCGGGCGGAGACGCUAUGAGCACGGUCCUCUUUGUGUCGCCAGAGAAGCUGGGGCGCUGA